AUGCAGAAGUGGAAAGAAAAGGAAAGGAAAAGCGCGGGUGGUGGUCUUGCACUCGCCGACGCAGACGCCGACGCCGAAGUGCUUGACGGCGCUGCGGAGGACACAACCCGUUUCAGAGGGCUCCGUCGUGCAGGCGAGCGUGUCUGUGGAGACAUUCAUCAUCGAGCUGACGAGACUUUGCCUCGGUCGCUUGUUGUCGGCAUCGCCAUCCCUGCGCCCUUGGGGCUGAGCGGCCUCUUCGGCAUUUCGCCGUCGUCGCCGCCUAACGUUGUCACAGGGCUUGCGGCGUUUUACGGUGGUACAGUGGCAUUCCUAGCCGGGAUGUGGGAAUUGAAGAGAGGGAAUACCUUCGCGGCGACCACGUUCUCUUCCUUCGGCGCUCUCCAGCUCUCUUACACCGCCACUCUGAUCCCUUGGUUUGGAGUCCACGACGGGCACACCGACCCCGAGCAGGACAUUCGUCGAGCUAAUGCGAUCUUUUUACUCGCCGGGACUAUUUUCACCUUCGCGAUGCUGCUUGCUGCUCUAACUCUCAGGGCGAGCGUGGCGCUCAGCACAGCGUUAUUCCUAUCCCUCACCUUCACGUUGAUCAUCAUCUCGGAGUUCAUCGGCUCAUCCUAUCAAAAGGGUCUGCCUCUCUACACCUCAUACCCAACAAUUCCUCCCCUCAACUUCAUUCAUGCGCUUACCUGA